AUGGCAGACAAGACAGAUUUUCAAAAACGAUUGACGGAGAUCGGUGUUCAUGGACUAGUAUCUGCUGCAGUUGCAUUAGGCCGUGAACUGCAUCUCUUUGAAGCAUUGGCUAACGUUGGAAGCGAGGAGAACCCAGCGACGCCGAAACAGGUGGCUGAAGCAAGUGGAUGCAAAGAAAGAUACGUCAAGGAAUGGUUGUCGGUCAUGGCAACCAGCGAAAUCAUCGAGGUCAACGAAGAGGAAAAAUUCUGGAUCCCAAAGGAGAAUGUCGCG